AUGCUACGAGACAGCUGCUGGCGGCACAAGCACCCGUCAGAUCUCUGGUACGAGUUUCUGGACGAAACGCGCAGACGCGAUGACGAGUCCCACGACGACUAUGAAGCUUCAUCGGAGGAGAUUCUGGCCGCUUUCAAAGGCUGGGCAGUGGGGCGCUACAACGUCCCUCUGACUCGCGGCGAGAUAAUAGACGCCAUGGCACCUGAAUGGGAGCGCGGGCUCGAGGGCGUCCGACUCACCUUGCUCAAGCCCGAGCGCAAGCGCAUUGGUCUGGACGUGGGGCUACGCAGUGUCGGGCAGCGGCUUCGGAGCAGGUGGUGGGGCCGGAAGUUUUGCAAAACAAAAAGAAAGAGCCCCUCACCAAUCUCACCCAACCUCACCAGCCUAGUCUCACCUCACCAACCUCGCCUACCUCACCAACCUGCGCAGUCAUUCGAAGCUUCAAGCAUGUUGCAGCUUUGCUCGCGCCAGUGCGAGAAUGAGGAUGCAGGUCACACGAGCUCAACGAAUCACAGGCUUGGACCUUCCCAGCGCUCCUUGAUGACCUGA